AUGGAAAUUACUCGAACAAUUGAAGAACUUUCUCUGGUCGGCAGUCAAUCUUCGAUGCUAAUUGAAUCUUUGGGCGGCGAAGAAGUUGGUUUAGCCUCACUUUUGGCUGCACUUGGAGGCUCAGACGAUGGUUUAAAGACACUUAUUUCGUUGUUUGGGAAUGAGAAUGCCGGCAUAGAAGGACUGAUUAAAGCAAUAGGAGGUGGAGAUGUCGGUCUCACCCGAUUGUUGAACACUUUGGGAGCAAGCAAUGCAGAUGGCAGUGGCAAACCUUCGGCCUCUGAUGGUCUCAAACGUCUCUUAGCUGCAGUAGGGGGUGAUAGUGACCCAUCAAGUGCUUUCUCUGCACUCCUCCAAUCUUUAGGGGGUGGCAAGAAAGGCAUAGAGACAAUUUUACGAGCUAUAGGAGGCGACAAUGGCAGCGAGGAGGGCCUAACAUCACUCAUCAAUGCUGCUGGCGGUGGAGCAAAAGGGCUUUCAUCUAUCCUGCAGUCAAUACAACAAGAUCGUGAUCUACGUUUGUUAUCCAUUCCAUUUAACCUACUCAUAGCUUCUGUAGAUGGGCUAGAAUUGCUGAUCUCAGCUGCAGGCGGAGGAAAAGACGGACUGGCCAGCAUUUUGCGGGCUGCUGGUGGUGGUGAAACUGGUCUUAAACAUCUGAUGGAGGCAGUAAACUCCUUAGGAAGUGGCGGAAAUAUGGACGGCUCCCUUUCUUCCAGCCAAGCGACGGCAAACCUGGCUCGUAUUCUGGAUGCCCUGGGAGGUGAUGGAGACCGAGAGAAGGGCAUGGCUCUCCUAUUUGCGGCUAUUUUAGAUUCAGGAACGGCAGGCAUUGAUGGAAAAGAAGAGGCAAAUGGUGUAGGUGGGGGAGACGCACUCCGGAUUUUAAUGCAGACCAUUGGUGGUCAAAAGGAUGCGCUAGCCAUGUUGAUUUCAGUAGUUGGAUCUAAGGACGGCGAUGGUGGAGUUAAAGGUCUGGAAACGUUGCUUCGGGCGGCAGGUGGCGGAAUUGAUACAUUAAACUCUCUACUCGAGUCUAUGGGGGGUGGAGCUGAGGGAUUAGAAUUGCUUUUGAAUGCUCUGGGCACGGAUAUAACAGACGAUAUGGAGGUGCUAGGCCGAAUAUUAGAGGCAUCUGGUUUGGACAGCAAAAUAAUAGAAAAAUUAAAAGAAGAUCCGAGCAAAUUUCACGGUGAAUUUAACUAA